AUGGCGCAGGUACUGAACGGUACACCGCAAGGAGAAGUUCGGACAGCUGUGACUUACAGUGAAGGCACGUUAGAAUGGAAUCUCAAACACAAACCGUUGCCGCGUCCAGUUAUUCGUGUCCAACAACAAGAUGCGCACUUCAGCGUUCGCCGAAAGCCCAGAGAUGCAUGGCACAAUGCAAUAGGUGCCGUUAUCACGUCAAGAAAGAAGUUACAAAUAGGGCCGCAGUUUCACUAUAGCAAGCUUGGAACGGGAGAGAUUCGAAUUCUAAGUGUACAGCCAGGGAAAGACGACGAGCCUCUAAAGGCCACACUUUUCAAACGCAAGUUAGAAGAUGUUCGUAACGGAUACGAGGCUCUAUCUUACACCUGGGGAAACCCGAAAGAGAAGCCCUUGGAUAAGAUUAUGAUACGCGACCUAGAUGCAGAGCUACCCCAAGCAGUAAGCAUGAAAACGGUAGUUCAAACAGCGGUCUUCAAAGGCUGGGGUGCUCCUUUCUAUAUUCGAAGUAAUCUGAACCGAGCACUCAUGAGACUGCGGAAAAUGACUGAUAGCCCUAUCAAUAUCUGGGUAGAUGCAAUAUGCAUUGACCAAUCUGAGUCAGGUCAUAGAGAAAAAGAACAACAGUUGGCCAUGAUGGCCCAAAUCUACAACUAUGCAUCUCAUGUCUGCAUUUGGUUGGGCGACAGCAGCGCGCAUGCAGAAGGUGCCUUUAGACUCGUUAGAGACAUUAUGAACUUCAAGAAAUUCGACACAAAAGUUCGAAGUUCCGAGACAAAGGACAAUUGGAUUCAACUCAUUGAGAUCAUGAAGGCUGCUUGGUUCAGUCGACGAUGGAUCAUUCAAGAAGUCGCUCUUUCAAAGAGCGCAUCGUUGCAUUGCGCCGACCAAGUUGUCCAUUGGGACGAUUUUGCCGAUGCCGUCUCGCUUUUACUAGAAAAGAUUCACGUUUUGAGAACCAAAUUUGAUGAAGAGAUAUUUGAAGAUGUCGAAACAACAAGCGCUUCAAUACUCAUACAAUGUCUGGACAAUAUUUGCCACAAGUCCUACACGGGAGAUGUAGUGGCCAAACUUUUAGAUCUCGAAACUUUGGUCUCAACCCUUCUCGGCUUCCAAGCGACGUCGCCUCGAGACACUAUUUACUCAGUCUUGUCGUUGGCUAACGACCCUCCUGGAGAAGAUGAGCCCUGGACCGAAAUUCAUUCUGAGCAGCUCGAGAGUAAUUGGAGAAAUGACCACGCGAUGCCAUUAAGCCAAGAUCAUUUACGUGAGUUGAAAAGAAAAAUUGCGUUGAAACCGAAUUACGCAAUCAGUACACGAGAUGUUUUCAUUGCAUUUGUUACUCGCUCAAUCUGCAAAUCCAAAAGUCUCGACAUCAUCUGCCGGCACUGGGCACCCAAUGUCACUGAUGACGAAUUUUCAGAAAAAGUUCCCAUGCCUUCGUGGAUCUCAAACAUCUACAACGCGCCUUUUGGUGGGCCUGAUUCUUCGAAAGGGCGGCAGAAUGGCGAUAAUUUUGUUGCAUAUCUUCCUCACGACCGACGGAAACGAUAUAGGGCUUGCGGAUCCUACUUGGCUGAUGAUUUUUCCAUGGCUUUGGAUCCCUUCCUCCAGUCCGCUGAGGGUCCAUCUCUAAGAAAGAACAUGAAUAGGAACAGAGCCCAUAGCCUUCGAACGCAAUUUCCUUUUUCCUCACCUCGUCCCAUCACGGUACUAUCUCCGGUGGAAAACCGCUCAUCCUGGAUUGAGCCAUUUCCAGACUUACAAGUUAAUGCGGCAAAUGAUUUGUCGACUCCACCAUCUCCAACGGCAGUAGAGCCUUCUUCGUUUUCAGAAACCAAAAGAGUCGGCGUAGCUCCAGCCGUCACAGUUAGCGACCCUGCGGGUGGAACAACUGGCAUAAGCCCGGCUCUGAGAGUUGAGAUCCCAAGAUCUCCUCGAGUCAGUAUCUCUGGAACCAGCAAGUCUCGUCGAAGCUCUAUCCGGGCUGUCUCAUCGGACGUAGAGAGAAAGUAUCAACUCAGUGGCGUGAUCCAAGUCGGCGGACUUAUGCUCGGGAAGAUAAGAUAUCAGUCCGAUGUUAUGCGAGGCGGCAUCAUUCCUGGCGAGUGGGUUACUCGGCUAGGCUGGAGAGCGGGAGAGAAACAGAACAAAGUAUCAGAUACACUCUGGCGAUUAUUGGUGGCUGAUCGCGCUGCUGGGGGUGGAAAACCGCCAUCUUGGUAUCAACGGGCAUGCUUGCAUGGGCUGGUUGACCCUCGUGUAUCUGACAACGAGGGCAAUAUCCAUUCUGUCACGCCACCCAACCGCAAGAUUUCAGAGAUGACAACGGAAUACUUUCACCGCGUCGAAACUGUGGUUUGGAACAGAAGAUUGUUUGAAGCCGAGGCCGAUGUCAGCCGUUUAUCCAAUGUCCAAGUUCUUACUCCAGAGACCAAACAGGCAAUGAUCAUUUUCUGCAAAGAUAUUCGCUUCGGGUCAGCAUCAGGGCCUAAGAGCCUCUUUGGGCUGGCACCUAAAGAAGCCGAAGACGGUGAUUUGGUGUGCAUACUGUUUGGCUGUACGGUUCCUGUCAUCUUGAGGCCUAUAGAAGACUUGGGACUGUAUAAGCUGAUUGGAGAAGCAUAUGUGCAUGGUGUUAUGGAUGGUGAAGCGAUGAUCAGCAGCGAAUUGGUGGAUGCGAUGAGAGUAGAUUUCCAAAUAUGCUAG